AUGAGGCGCGGCGGCGGCCCGGACGCGUCGCCGCGGCACGUCACGAUCGCGGCGGAUGCGGGCGGCGCCGGGCCCUGGGACGGCGGCGCUGAGGACGACGCUGCCGCCAAGCCGCCUCACAAGCACGGUGGCCCCGCGGCGGGCAGGGGCGGCACGGCGGCGGGCGGGGCGGGAAAAUGGCAGGUCAUGGGUCUGGACGUCACGCCUGAGCUCUGCGCGAUUGCACUGGUCUACUUUGUUCAGGGCAUCCUCGGCCUGAGCCGCCUGGCGCUGUCAUUCUACUUCAAAGAUGACCUCAAAGUCGACCCCGCGCAGGUUGCCGUCCUGCAGGGCAUCGCCAUGAUGCCCUGGGUGGUCAAGCCCCUCUACGGCUUCAUCUCAGACAGCAUACCGCUGUUCGGCUACCGGCGGCGCUCCUACCUGGCUGUAUGCGGCUUCCUGGGCGCGGCCUCGUGGGUGGCCCUCGCGACCGUCGUCAACAGCCCCGCGGGCGCCGUGGCGGCGAUGCUGCUGGGGUCACUGUCCACCGCCGCCAGCGAUGUGGUGGUCGACUCCAUCGUGGUGGAGCGCGCACGCGGCGGCGCCGAGGGCACCACUGGCAGCCUGCAGUCCCUCUGCUGGGCCUUCCAGUCCACGGGCGGCAUCGCGUCCGCCUAUUUUUCGGGUUCCCUCGUUCAGUCAUGGGGCGUGCACCCCGUCUUCGCCGUCACCGCGAUCUUCCCGCUGUUCGUUUCAGUGUCUGCGCUGCUGAUCGAGGAGCAACGCGUCGCGCCGCUGUCGCUGGCACGGAAAGACAGCGACUGGCCCGGCGGCGGCGGCAGCAGCGGCGGCGGCGGCGGCGGCGUGGGGUGCGUGGAGCCGGGCGCGGGCGCGGCGCUGGCGGCGCGGAUGGUGUCGCAGGGGCGGGCGCUGUGGGGGGCUGUGAGCAGGAAGGACAUCCUGCUGCCCACCAUAUUCGUGUUCCUCUGGCAGGCCACCCCCACCUCGGACUCCGCCAUGUUUUAUUUCUACACCAACCAACUGCACUUCGAGCCCGAAUUCCUGGGCCGGGUGCGCCUGGCUGGCAGCAUCGCCAGCCUGGUCGGCGUGGGGCUGUACAAUACGUGGUUCAAAAAGGUGCCCCUGAAGCGCAUGUUCUUCUGGGCCAUGAUCAUCGGCACGGCCCUGGGCUCCACCCAGCUGCUGCUCGUCAGCGGCGCCAACAGGGCGCUGGGCCUCAGCGACCAGCUGUUUGUGCUGGGGGACAGCGUCAUCCUCACGGUGCUGGGCCAGGUCUCCUUCAUGCCUGUGCUGGUGCUGGCAGCACGCCUGUGCCCCGAGGGGGUGGAGGCGACCCUCUUCGCCACCCUCAUGUCCCUCAUGAACGGAGGCGCUGUGCGCUGCCUCGGCCCUCCUUGA